GUCUGAACAUAUUGAGGUUCACUCGUCUAGGAAACACUUUGAGAAUACGAGAGAGAAAAGAUUCAGAGUUAUAUUUUCUGCAUGACAAAAAUGUUACCAAUGGAGCUCGAAAUCUGCACGUUAGACCUCGCCAUCGAGAUCUUAAAGUAGCUUACAGCUGCAGCAUGGCUUGUCCCUUGGUCAGAUAUGGCGCUAAUGAAAAGAGUGCAGAUUAUCUUUUAAAAGAAAGAGGCUACACAGAACUGAUGAUUCAUACCAUCAACAACGCCCAAGGUCGCACGAGGAUCAGCCUGGGCGACAAGUGUCUGGUCGAGAUUCUGCACCACCAUGCGUCUCAACGGGGCUCUUGUUACACCCACUCUACGACGAAAGAGACUGUCACCAUCGCGUUCAAGCGAGUCAACGAUAGCGUGCACGUGCGUUUACCUGAAGAGGAAGAGCUUCGUUAUUUUACGGCCGUAUCUCCAGCUCUGUUUCAAGCUAGGCUGAAUAUGCAAGUUUGGGGACAUAGUGUCAUUACUAGCUACAGUUAUGGCGAGAAGGGCAAGCAUGACUGUGGCCACAGAAGGCUUCAGCAACCCUCCUCUGGCCACAGAAGCCCUCAGCGACCCUCAUCCGGCCGUGAAAACCCUCAACAGCCUCUUCCUGACCGAUCUCCACCGGUGUCCCCAAUUGCCCCUGAGCCGAAUGCCGCAGGAAGAACUGUGAAUGUUGUCUGGAUCGCGAGUGGCUGCGCAGCGGCGGUUUUUGCGUUGCUGGUCACGGCGCUGACGCUCUUCUGCCGCCAGCACAGGGCUCGAGGGCUCGCCACUGCCGCCCAAGGUAAGGGUCAUGACCAAGGAAAGUAUAACUAGGUAGUUCCACUUCAUUUUAGCCUGUUGAACCCAAAAAUAAAAUCGGCUUUUUCCGUAGAGUAUUCUGACGGCUGUUAAUGGUAAAGAACUCUUCGUUAUCAUAAAGAAAAGAGAGAAAUUUUGGUUUUAUUUUCUUUUAUAAUAAUAGUGAGUAAAUCUUACAAAUAGUCAUGUUUGUAGCUAUAUCUAGCAUCUCACAGUGCACUCUCAUUGGCCAAAUAUGCUUACUUUAUUUGCUCCUUCCCUUUUCUUGACCCUAACAGUUUGUCCAAUAUCAAUAAAAUAUCGAAAAAGAAAAUAAGAAAAAAAUACUAUAUUUAAUAGCUCAGAAGCUCAGAAGUUGCCAGCAAGUAUUUUCAUCAAGAUUUAGGUGAAGAUGCUUUGUUAGAUUACAAAAUCCAUCCUUUUUCACAGUUGUAAUAUUUUAUACCAGAUGUUACUGAAAAUUUGACCAACUCUGUA